UGAGAAGGUGAUGCGGCCUGUCCGGUAGCCUCUCAAUUCGGUGGGAGGGUCUGCAAAGACCGCUGGAUCGGUGGACUAAAUAAGGAGACAGUCGGGGCUGUUCUCGCUUAAUGGCCAGCGGUGCUAUCGCCACCAGGCUGCUCGCAACCGUUCUUUCAUCGAAGUGAUUCAGUGUCCUCGGGGGCGCCUUAUUCACCGAGGAAGCCUGCCACAAGUUCUCUGCAGAUUUCUGAUUAUUGCUCACAUGAAUUGAUGGAGAAAUGAAGCACAUGGCAUUGUGGAUUGCCUUCCUUUGGGUGACGAUUCUGAUUCAAUUAAUCUGCGGGAAGCUUGUUGACAAACGAGCAGAUGGCUUAUGUCCAACCAUUCAGUUGGAGGGUCUGCAGUUCAAACAAUGGCAACAACAGCAUGUUGAAACUUCAGGGUUCGAUCUAGUACAGAGCUUUUCGUUGACUCACUCAAUAUCAAGAAGCAAAGCUUUGCAAGCUCCUCCUGUCAGAAUGGGAAGAAAACUGUUGGUCAGACCCACACAGCAGAUUUUUCCAAAAGGAUUGCCAGAAAAGUUUACUUUCGUCGCUAUCUUUCGCCUGAAGAGAGCCACCAGGAAGGAACAUUGGCACCUUUGGCAGAUUACUGACCAGUCUGGUGGUGUACAGGUUUCUAUCUCUAUCAAUGGGGGCAGAAAGCUGGUGGAAUUCAGUGCCAAGGGGAGAUCUGGAAACAGUUUGCAUUUGAUGUUUAAGAAGCGGGAACUCAGUUCUCUGUUUGACCGUCACUGGCACAAGCUGGCAAUCAAUGUGCAGUCUGCGUCAGUGUCCCUUUACAAGGACUGCAAGCUGGUCGACAGUCGACAUAGUGAAGAGAUAGGAAGCAUCGAUGUCUAUGGGCAAACUGCAGUUGGAGUCCGUGUUAGUGAUGGGACACCUGUAGAUUUUGACCUUCAGCAAAUAAUGGUUUACUGCAAUACUCAACUGAUAGAACUGGAGACUUGCUGUGGAAUGCCAGGAGGCCAGUGCUCAUCAGUAGAUGGCUUCUCUGCAGCUGUGGUGACAUCAAAGAAUCUUCUCAGACAGACAUCUCCUCAAUCAAAACUAAAAGGUGACAGUCAGAAGGGAAAGACUUGGGCUGCUCCUGGAAAAGGUGAUAAAGGUAAUCCCGGUCCUUCAGGGGAAAAGGGUGAAAAAGGUGAUCUUGGAGAAACUGGACCACAAGGGUUACCUGGGAGAGAUGGCUUAAAGGGAGACCCUGGUGAUCCUGGUCUACCUGGUCCAAGAGGAGAAAAAAUCAAGGGACUCAAAGGAGAACCAGGGGAGCCUGGUGCCCACGGUUUACCAGGACCACAAGGAGAAAGGGGUCCUGCAGGGCCUCAAGGUCUUCCGGGUUUGGUGGGAAAAAACGGUCAAAGGGGAAGGCGAGGUAGACAAGGACCUGUUGGAAAAGUGGGACCUCCUGGACCCCCUGGUUUACCUGGUGAAACCGGUCUCCAUGGGAUGCCAGGUCCUCCGGGUCCAGCUGGGAAAGAGGGUGUUCCUGGUAAACCUGGACUCAAGGGGAACCCAGGUGAAAAAGGGGAAACUGGAGUUCAAGGAGAAAAGGGUUACAGAGGAGAUCCAGGCCAUCCUGGCCAGAAUGGCCUGAAAGGAACAAAGGGAGAACCUGGUGUAUCUGAACAAGUAGGCCCCCAUGGUGCAAAAGGAGAAAAAGGAACAAAGGGUGAUACUGGAUUGCCAGGACUCCCAGGCCCACCAGGACUGGGGAUGUCUUCAGAGUACUCUCUGCAGCAAUAUGGAAUGCCUGGUAAACCUGGAGAAAAAGGAGACAAGGGAGAGCACGGAGAUCUGGGUCCGAAAGGAAACAAAGGACUGCAAGGCCACCCUGGUUUAAAGGGUGAAAUGGGAGAACCAGGACUUCCUGGACUUAGUGGAAAGCCAGGUUUGGAGGGUCGACCAGGUUUACCAGGUCCUGUGGGUCUAAAAGGAUUAAAAGGAGAAAUAGGGGCGACAGGAGAACCAGGCCAACCAGGAAUACAGGGUGAAAAGGGAGAUUCUGGGGAUGCUGUUGGACCGCCUGGAGAGAAAGGAGACAAAGGUGACCCUGGAUCUCCCGGGACAGGAUUACAAGGAAAUGAGGGGCCAGUUGGUCCACCUGGGACACGAGGUUCACGGGGAUCUAAGGGGGAGCGUGGAUUCCCAGGUCUUCAAGGUCCAAAAGGUGAGAAAGGACCACCUGGAAUUGGCCAUCUUGGGCCCCCAGGUCCACGAGGUCCUUCUGGAGAGCCAGGUAUAAGGGGUCCACAAGGUUUGCCAGGAGCGUUCGGAAGGCCAGGUGUUAAUGGUACCCCUGGGAGCAAUGGAAUGCCAGGGCCACCAGGACCACCUGGGGAGCCAUCUGCCCUGCCUCUCAUGGGGGACAUUGGUGCCUUGCUAAAGAAUGCUUGCAGUAGUUGCCUGACCAGCAGCCAUGGAGGCUUCUCAGGAUUACCUGGAAUGAAAGGUGAUCGAGGUGUACCUGGAGCUGAUGGACAUGAUGGCAGGCAGGGUGACCCAGGACCAAGAGGGCCACCUGGAAUUCCUGGAUUAGAUGGACAAAAGGGAAGCAAAGGCGAGCGAGGAUUACCUGGGCUUGUAGGAGAAAAAGGAGACAGGGCACAGCCUGGUGUACCGGGACUUCCAGGACCUCCAGGAUCUCCAGGACCUGUAGGCAAUGAGGGGGCAUCAGGCAAACCAGGACCACCUGGACCACCUGGACCUCAAUUCCCUCUUGAACCCAUUAAUGUGUCUCAAACCUCUGAGCUACCCUGGAAUUUAAUCAAGAAGCCCAUCAGUUACUUGGCCUUGCCUCAGACUUUAGAUCCAUCAGAACCACAAUUAUCUUGA